UUGUGAUCUGUUUGUAAAAGUUAUGUAUUCUCAUGCUAACUUUGCAUAAUCAUCAAAUAGUACUACAGUCAUCACCAAACAGUGGCUUAUUAAGUGUAAAAUUGGAAAUUGUCAGUUAGUUGAAGUUUAAUCUUUGUGUACAAUGAUGUACAUUUUAACCAGCAUUUAGUCUGCACCUUUAUUUAGUUCAGAGAUACAGUGUGGAAGCAGGCCCUUCGGGGCACAGUCUGCGCUGACCAGCGAUCCACGCACACUAACACUAUCUUACUCGCACUAAGGCCAAUUUGCCAAAGCCAAUUGGCCUACAAACCUGUAUGUCUUUUGAGUGCGAGGAAACUGAAGCACCCAGAGAAAACCGUGUCAAAGGGAGAAUGUACAAACUGCAUAUAGACAGCACCCAUAAUCUGGAUCGAACCCUGGUAUCUGUUGUGAGGGCAGCAAAUUUACAGCUGCAUCACUGUGCCACUCGUAAUGUCUGUAUGGCCCUAGUAGUGGAAUAGUCAAUCAAAAGAUAAACUCUGAUCCCUUUACAAAACACAAAUGACUGCAGAUGUGGGAAAACUAAACUAAAAAUGCUGGAAACUAUCAGCAGGUCGGGCAGUAUCUGUGUUUAAGAUAAAUUGCCAGUUCUUUCAUCAGAAUUCUAUGCACGUGCCUGAUGACUGCUACUGGUCUCUCCUCGCCUGCCAGAAUACUGGUUUAGGUUCAUUUUGUCACGUUUGUUGUUUUGCCUGGUAUCCAAACAGAUCAGAUAUACGAUGCGUAGAUACAAUCAAGUCAAACUCGAGUACAAUAGGUUGAGCAAAGUGGAAGAUGCAGUGCAGAAUAUAUUUCUUAGCUUUGUCGUGCAUCAGUUCCAUAGACCAAGGCCAAUGUCCACAAUGGGGUGAAGGUAAAUCUGAUGGUACCCUACUUUAUGGAAGAAUCAUUCAUAAGCCUGAUAAUGGGAGAAGCUGUUCCUGAGUCUGGUGGUGGUUGCAUUCAAGGUUGGGUGAACUUCUGUUGAACGCAUCCCCUCCAUACUAAAUAUAAACAUAGAACACACAGCCCUACAGCACAGGAGAUUAUUUUGACUUUACAUCAUGUUCCGCAUGGACAUUGUGGGCUGAAGGGCCUAUUCCAUGUGCUGUACUUUUCUGAGAAUGAACACUUUUUUUGUUUUGUGCAUCAAAGAACAAGUUGCCCUCAAGGUGGCGUCAAAGAGUCGCCAAUUGCAGGCUGAGGCUGAGCAGGAGCGCUUUCACUACCAGAGUCUGAUGAAAGAAUUCUCCCGUCUCGAACAGAGAUACGACAACCUGAAGGAUGAGAUGUCCUUUAUGAAGUAUCAAGAGCCUGAAAAUGGGAACAAGAUACUAAAGGAAGAGCUCAACCAGCAAAGAAAUGUCAGCAAUUCUGCAAAUGGCUCCAGUGAACAAAACAGUGCCAGCUGUCAUUUACUGAACCAGCUUGAAGCAGCCACUGAAGAAGUGGAAAUUCUUAAAGAGCAACAGAUUUGGUUUAAAUCUCAACUCCUUACAGCAGAGAAGAAGAUCGAGGCAAUGAAAAAUAAGGCUUCUAUGGUGGACAUGUCUGCAUUACCUAAAGAUGGAAAUAAAAUGUCGGCCGAUGAUUUGCGAUGUGCGUACGAUGCUGUCCGUGUGGCCAACAAACUUCUCCUGGACCAGUUACAGGAAGAGAAGGAUCGACGUUUGAAGGAAAUGGAGGUUUUCCAACGUGAAGCCAGAGAGUCUGGCGAGAAGUUUGAGAAGCGGCGCCACUGGUUUGCUCGGUCACGGGAAGCUGCGCUGGUGGACGGUUUGGACGGUGGUUUACGGCAGGAAAUUGUGAGACUAGCCAGUGAAAAUUUGGUAAUGCAACAACUUCCCCUUCUAUUCACGUUUGUUCCUCUGGAGGUGGUUGCAUGUUGGACAAUAUCAGAACCAGAUAUCUCUUUGCCCCAUCACCAAAUGAGAUGUAUGUGAAAGUGAUGCACCAGUCCCUAGGGUUGAGCAGGGAUCGUAAAACAGUACAGCACAGAAACAGGCCCUUUGGCCACAACUUCUGUGUUGAACAUGAUGCCAUGGCCAACUAAUCUCAUCUACCUGCAUAUGACCCAUUCCCCGCAUGUCCAUGUGCCUGUCCAGAAUGUGGCGGUUGCUUCGAAGGCAAUUGCGCCUUUCUUAUUCAUUGCAAUAAAUAGUGGACAUAAAAGAUGUUUUCUGAUGGCAUAUCAAAAUUGAUGGUAUUGGUAGGAGCUUGGAUUGUCCAAUUUGUUGUGCCUGUCAAGGGAAGAGUUUUUUUAAAUAACCCUACAUGACUCUUGAGAUCAGGUUCCCAGUGCAGUUUGAAAUCUGAAUUUAAUUUUGUUUCUGGCCAACAUCAGCUGGGCUUCAGAAUUUAAAUUGAAUUUGCCCUCCUUGUGGAUGAAGAACAGUGUGUUCCCACACAGUUCCUUCCAGUCAUCCAUCUCUUCGGUAUUCUUCCCCAUUGUCCCAAUCAACCCUUGUUUUUUUGACCAGGACC